GUCUGCCUCGGCUGCAGUCAGAUGUAGAGUAGUUUAGAUCCAAGCUUCACCUUGUCAUCUGGACUCUGUCUGUUGGAAGAUGAUGCUUUCUACGGACACUCUCUAAGGACCAUCUCUAGACACACCUCACACACAAACGUACACGCUACCCCACACAUACUCACACACGCGUGUUGUAGAUGAGCGUCAAUUGGCGUUCGGAUCAGUCACAGUGUUUGUGAUUGGCUGGAGCAAGCUGGGAUGUCAUCGCCGAUGCUGCUGUUGCCUCUGCUGCUGUUACUCGGGUUAAGGGUCAUCAACGCAGCUGCAGAGACACGGAGACCAUGCAGUGACCUGCUUCCCCUGGACCUUCUGUCCCGUGUUCUCUCCAGGGCAGGGGAGGGGGCGAGAGGGGUAACAGGAGGGGGGGUGCAUCUGAUCCAGUCUGGGGGUGUGAUGGGUGUCCGUCUGUCCCGUCCUCACCCUUCCCUGGACUUCCCGUCCUCACAGCACCUCGUCAACUGUCACCUCUUCCCCAGAGAGUUCUCCAUCGUCACCACCCUGAAGGUCAGCCUCGUCGCCCCUAAGAAAAACGAGUACAUAUUUUCUGUGGUGGAGGAAAAGGAAGAAGAGGACGCAAGGAUUGGAAAGAGGAAGGGGGAGACACAGGGAGGAACUGAUGGAGAUUGGUACAGAGAGAAGGAUGGAGAACGAGGAGGGAGGGAUGAUGAGAGUGAUGAAGAGCGGGAUGGAGAGACAGAUGGAGGGGGAGAAAGACUAAUCGACGGAGAGAAGAGGAAGGGAAGUAGAGAUGGAGAGAACAGCAACAGUCAGGGACGGCUUCUGAUUGGCCUGCGGUUCUCCAGAGACAGACUCCACUUCCUGUUCAGAGGUCGCAGCGGGGGGGUCAUGGCGCGCUGGGUUUUCCGAGGCAUCGAAUUGGCUGAUGAUCGCUGGCACACGUUGGUUUUAGCAUUUAGUGGACACUACGCUACUCUCACUGUGGACUGCAACACACACCUGGAACUCAGGGUUCACUCCAAGUCGUUGCCCUCUGACCUUAGUGUUCAGGGUUCCAGAUUCCACAUCGGCAGCCGAGGGAGAUGGAAUGGCCUGUUCUCAGGUCUGAUCAGACAGCUGGUCCUGGUGCCAGGCUCUGAUGCCACCCCUCGUGUCUGCCCAUCCUCCAACCCCGGGCUGGCAGAGCUGUCUGUGCCUGCGGUAAUGCUAGACCUACCACAAAAAGAGACUAGGAGUGACCUCACGCUGCCUUCAUAUGAGUCAGAGGUGCGGGUGUCUGUGGGGCUGGAGAAGUCCUGUUCCAGUUCAGUAAGAGGACAGCUGUGGUUCAACCCCAUCAGGAGAGCUCUCUACCUCUGUGACGGUGCACUCUGGGUCCCUAUGCUGCAAGAGUCCCAGAGACUAGACUAUGUCUUGGAGCAGCAGGUCCUCUCCACCAGUUCAGAGACGUAUGAUAUUGAGGUGUUCAGUGUACAAGGGCUGGGUUUGAUGGCAGCAAUGGCCCACCGCUCCCCCUCCCUGGGCUCUGCAGUCUACCUCUGGAGAGAUGGAGGCUUUCACCUUUACCAGAAGAUCAGCACACAUGGAGCUCUCUCCUGGAGACACUUUACGAUGGGGAAGAAGAUAUUCCUGGUGGUGUCCAACUCCAGGGAGAGCACAGGGAAGGAGGAGACAGUGGAGAAAGAUGAACUGUCAGUGAUCUACAGGUGGAAUAAAAAGACACAGAGGUUUGUUCAUUACCAGGCGCUCCAGACACACUGUGCACGGGACUGGGAGGCCUUCCGCAUCCAAGGACACACCUACCUCGCCGUGGCCAACCACAGACAAGGUAAUACCAACCACACCAUAGACAGUGUGGUCUACAAGUGGGACCGUGGUACGCAGCUGUUUGUACCACACCAGGCCCUGCGGACCUCUGGGGCUUACGACUGGGAGGCCUUCAAGGUCGGACCCUACCACUUCCUGGCUGUGGCGAAUGCGUUUGACGGACAGACCACUCACGUUGACUCGGUCAUCUAUGUCUGGGUGGAUGGAAGUUUCCGCUUGUUUCAGACUAUUAAGACGUUCUGUGCCACAGACUGGGAGAUGUUCCAGAUCGGCAGCAGGGUCUUCCUGGUGGUUGCUAACGGACACCAACUCCAUGGCAAUGGCCCCGGUCGCUAUGCCAUCAACUCGACCAUCUACGAGCUGGACAUGAGCUCUCAGCUGUUCCUGCGUUUUCAGGACAUAGUCACAUACAGUGCUGUUGACUGGGAGUUCUUCACAGUAGGAGAGGAGAGUUACCUGAUUGUUGCAAACUCCUUUGAUGGAGAGUCUCACUCUCUGAACAGCAUUAUCUACAGGUGGCAGGGAUACGAGGGGUUUGUUCCCAUUCACCGGCUUCCCACCAUCGGAUGCAGCGACUGGGAAUUCUUUACUUCCGGAGAGGAUUCCUAUCUGAUCUACUCCAGCGCCACAGCACCUCUCUCCAAAGUCUUCCGUCUGAAAACACACUGACACGUGACACAAUGUCAUAUCAGGGACAACAUGGAGAAACAUACAAAAUGAAAUCUCAACUGAUGUAAUAAUGAAUGUUACAUUAUGUUGUUGUACUGGGCCACAUUUGCAGAGAAAGAGAGAGUAUUAGUAGGUACACCUUUUUAUGUAUAAGUACUGUAUAUAACUUUAACAUUAGUCAUAUUUGUUGCCUAUAAUUUUGUGAAAAUUAUUUAUUGAGGUAAUACAAAUGUGUAAAUACAUUAUGUUUCAUUUGUGUCUUA